UUCUGUUAAUAACUCUCAUGUGAAAACAUUUAUUCUGUAUGGUGUCUGAUUUAGGUCAUUUCGUUAUGUCGCAUUGUCGUGUGCGCGGCUUUUAUAACACAUUCCGUUGUGUCGUCUUGGCGCGCGCGCCAACACACCAUAACGGAAUAAUAAAAGUUUUGUAUGUCGUUUUGGUGUGUGAAACUAACAGUGCGUCGUAACGAAACAUAAAACGGGACAGUUUUGCGUUGGUGUGCGCGCCUUUAACAAAGAUUUCGUUGCGUUGGCGCGUGCCCCUCUAUAUAACACAUUUAUUAUCGGUGCGCACGCCAAUGCAAAUACGAUGAAACAUUUCACUUCGUCUUCGACAAUGAAAACUUUCAAAAUUCCGUUAUGGUGGCCGGUUGUCGCGCACGUCGGGACGACACAACAAAAUGUGCAACAUGAACUGCGCUCUGGCCAACGCGACAACCAUAUGAAUGUCCUUAAUCAGCCACCUUAAUUUUAUGCUAAUUUAAUACCACAGAAAUAUUAAUCAGUGUAGAAAUACAGUGUCGUUGUAACGUUGUACUCAGUAUGAUACAUUUAUGUUAAUAAGAAACAAUUUAAAGUGACAUUAUGCGCACCUUACUGUACAUAGUGUGUUUUUGGUGAAUGUUUUAUAAAAGCAAUUUGCGUUUGCUGUGCAUUUAAAUGUGUUAAAUUAAUGACAAUGUCGCAUAAGUAUUUGAAGUUUAUGUUUUAGAAAUAAAGAAAUCGGACUAAUAAAAUAAUAGUUCUUUUCUUCAAUCUUCUACGCAAUGAUCUCCCUUACCUAUAGGUAGAGAUUUCGGAAGUUGAAGGGAAGCAACUCCUGCGUGCAGUUUGACUUUUCUUUAAAGGACUGCCCCAGUCAAAAUAAGAAAAGUCAUAUAUGGAAUGUUAUUAUUUCGUACUGGUAACAGGAAGAGUUUGGUAUAUCGGGUUAAAAGCUAUAAUUUCCUCCACCCUUUUUACACACAUAUCUAUUUCAGCUGGAUUUUUACUUGAAAAAUGCGUAUAAUUCCACUUUAAAUUUAAGUAACCAAAUAUGCUUUCUGUGUUGUGAGGAAAAUUCAAUAUUUUCUCACAGUAAAAUUGAUUAUUUUAGAUAGUCCUUGCAAGGAUAUAUGCGUCCUUUCUUAUUUAUGUAUUUGAACGGCGUUCCAUAGUCGCGGGAUGUGACAGAGAUUCAUGUAUAGAUAAGCUAAACUACUUUCAUGUUCACCCAUAUGUUUAAGUGUACUAUUAAACAAAAUUAUGUAGGGCAUAUGAAAUGUGUCAAUGAUAAUAAACUUUACUUAACUUUUUAUAGUGAUAUACUAUGCAUUGAUAUCAAUUCGUGCGUGAAUAAUUUACUCACUUUCUUCGAAAUAAAAUCGACAAAAUGACAUCUUCAGUCCCGAAACUAAGUUACAGUUCUUGUCCAAUGAACGAACCGUUCAUAUAUCAGUCGCUUCCGGAUCGACUGCGCAUGCUUGCAGAAGAAGAUCCUGCACGAGAAGCGUUCGUUUUCUACAGCAACGAAGAGAAGAGGCAAGCAUUGACAAGGAAGGAAGUUUUAGACAAGACAGUACAUCUUGCAAAGAGACUUGUGCAUCUCGGUCUAGAAAAAGGAAACAAAGUUGCUUUCCACAUGAACAACUCAUUAGAAAUGUUGAUUUGCAACAUGGCUGUUGUGAUGGCAGGGGGUAUACCAUUUUUCUUAUCGUCAAAUGUGAAGGACGGCAGCGAUAUAAUAGCAACUAUUAGACAUAUGGAAGGAGAAUUUAUGUUUAUUGAUGCAAAUGAAGGCGAUGCAAACUGGCUUAUUAUGAAUACGUUAUGUCCUUCUGGACACAAGUCACCAGAAGAUGCCCCAUCUUUGAAAUCUAUUAUUUUCAACGGAAGAGCCGAUUCCUCUUACAAAGGCAGAAUAGCACUGGAAUUGUUGAACAGCAUGCCAUUGUCGGAGAAAAUAGAACUUCCUGUUGUGCUCCCAGAAGAUAUAUUGUUGUAUUUUUGUACAUCCGGUUCCACGGGACAGCCAAAGGAGGUUACCAUUACACAUUACAGUUUGUUUAACUGGACAAAACAAGCAAACAAGGGAUUUGGUAUAACAAAUCAUAGCAGAUUCUUCAAUGAAAGAUCGUUCAGCUGGAUAUUCGGCUACCCAAGAACGUACCUUACCGAGGGUGCAACGCGCAUCUGUGUCGAUCCGCGCAUUUCCGUUUCCGGUCGACAUGUCAACUUCCUGUGCGAUGUCAUUGAGAAGGAGCAGUGCGAUGUAAUAUAUCUUCCAGCUUACAUGAACGCAGAUCUUAAAUCAAGGCUCGAUUUGAAAAGUAAAUUCAAAUCUGUUACAACACAAAUAUGGGGCGGAGAGAGACUUUCAAAACAAAAUAUCACAGGACUGAAAGGGGUGUUCAGCAGGAGAAUCUGCUCCUUUUACGGCACGACGGAGGCUGGAGGUGUUUCUUUGUUUGCAUCUGAUGAUAUUGAGGAUUACGAAGAUGGCAUUAUAGGUAAACCUUUAAAUGGAGUUGAAAUGAAAAUCGUAGACUCUUCAGGCAAAACAGUGCCCAUUGACCAUCAAGGUGAAAUAUGCACACGAGUAACCUGGCGGUUUGAUGGUUACCGGAAGAUGCCCGAAAUGUUUGCGGAAGUUGUAGACAAUCAAGGCUGGUUUCACACCAGCGAUUAUGGCCGUAUGCGCGAAGAUGGCAAUUACGUUGUUGAAGGGCGGAUGAAAGAAGUAAUAUCAUCAAGUGGUUAUGAUUUCUUUCCAUGGGCUAUCGAAAACAUACUUAAAAGGAUGCCAAAUGCUGCCCAUGUUAUUGCCGUAGGCGUCCCCGAUGAGCGUCUUGGCCAAGUAGUUUGCGCAUGCGUAGUUCCAAAAGAAGGUCACCUGAUCACUGAUAGCAAUGUUCAAAAGUUCUGCGAUGACCAAUUUAUUUCUGACAUUUCAGUUAAAGGCAUUAGCAGCAAGCCGCGGUAUGUAAUGGUGCUAGACCAUCUGCCUUUAACUUCUACCGGGAAAAUUGACAGGCGGACAGUAACAAGUGUAGCAAUUACGCGAUUCGGCAUUCUGUGAUGAUUUGUAUAUUGCCAUUAUAAUGAAUGAGAAAAUACAUUUUAGCCGCACCAUGAGAUAACCAACAUAGUGCGUUUGCGACCAGUAUGGAUCCAGACCAGCCUGUCCAUCCGCGCAGUCUGGUCAGAAUCCAUGUUGUUCGCUAACGGUUUCUCUAAUUGCAAUAGGCUUUGAUCCAUGCUGGUCGCAAACGCACUAUGUUGGUUUUCUCCUGACGCGGCUCAUUAAAAUUUGCACCUAUUUUGAAGCCGCGAGUUCCCCAGAACGUAUAUAUCUCUUGACUUUUUUCAAACACCGAAUAAAUUGUACAUUAACAUGUUUGUUUCGUCAUGGCGGAGUAAAUUUUUUUAUGUAGAUUCAGAUAUUUGGCUAAUUGAAAUUUUGAAAAUGAUACUUUCUUCUUAGAAUAACAUUCCGAAUUUUAUCAAACAAUUUUAUCAAACUUCAAAGGUUGUUGCAUUAGUGAAACAUAUGGUAUUUCCGUUCCGUGUGCUCCGUAUUAUGCACGGGUAGCAUAAUGGCAGAGGUCAUCGAAUUGAAGUUGAUCAUAACUGUCAUUGCCAAAUUCAAUUCCUGGAACAUUAAAAAUAAAAGACGAAUCCAAAGAAUUCAGCCUGACUGAUCAAACUCAACGCAGUUAACCGUAAACAGAAGUCCUAUGCAUGUUACCCCAAAAAGUCAUUAUUAAAUUUUUGUUUGUUUUGUCUACGCAAUGAUCUCCUAUAGGUAGAGAUUUCUGAAGUUGAAGGGAAGCAACUCCUGCGUGCAGUUUGACUUUUCUUAAAAGGACUGCCCCAGUCAAAAUACGAAACGUCAUAUUUGGAAAGUUAUAAUUUCGUACUGGUAACAGGAAGGGUUUGGUAUAUUGGGUUAAAAGCUAUAAUUUCCUCCACCCUUUUUACACACAUCUAUUUCAGCUGGAUUUUUACUUGAAAAAAAAUGCGUAUAAUUCCACUUUAAAAACAUGAUUCUGUUACAUAUUAUUUUUGUCGAGCCCGCUUGCGGUGAGCUCGACUUAGUCGCCACUUUUGGCGGUUCGGUGUAUGUACGUGCGUGCGUCCGUUCGUCCGUCCGAUUUUGUCUGGACCAUAACUUUGACAUGCAUGAACCAAUCUUAAUUGUUUAUAUUUGGCAUUAAUGUUAACCUCAAUGAGAAGGAGUGUCAUGCGCAAAUCCUAUGUUCCUCAAACGUCAAGGUCACAGUUGGAGGUCAAAGGUCAAUAUGAAGAAUGAGUUUGUCCGGGGCAUUUAUUCUUACAGCAUGGUGGGAUUUUGAUGUAACUUUGCAUGAAUGUUCACAUUAUGAGACGGAGUGUCAUGCGCAAGAAACAGGUCCCUAGGUCUAAGGUCAAAGUCACAUUUAGAGGUCAAAGUUCAGAUACAACAAUGACUUUGUCCGGAGCAUUUCUUUUUCAUGCAUAGAGGGAUUUCGAUGUAACUUGGCACAAUUGUUCAUCAUCAAGAGACGGAGUGUCAUGCGCAAGAACCUAGAAUUACUUCCCUUUCUUGUUACUAUAAAUAGCUAAUAUUGUAAUUUUUUUUAUCAAACUCAAGACCACUUUUCUGUGGUACAACAUGCAUGUUACGUCCAAUUUUGAGGUGUAUUAUGACGUAUCUCUACUGGUAAGGAUUUUUGUGUGGACUUAGAGUGCCAUGAGCAACUCCCAGUUCUUUUGACAGCAGGCGGUCUCGACAUGUUGCCCGUGGGCAUCUAGUUUAAAUGUAUUACCUGCCUCAAGGCUUCGUCUGAUUUCUGGUCUGUAUGACGCUCAUACUGAAAUACGUCCUGCUACGUGUUUUGAUAAAACGUUUGACAGGUGGUCUGGUCCAUUUGUUUUUCUCCUCUCUCGCACAAAUGUAACAACUGAACAGUUCUACACAUACUGUCGUACACGACAAUACGACCUCUCCGAACAUGGCGGCGUUAAAUCUAAGUAGGGGAGACUGGGGCACCUUGGGACAAAAAAUAUGUGGGUUUUUUUCCUUCAUUUUUUAAAAACAUCUUGAAUUAACUAUCUGUGAUUGUCAUAAUAUUUCAAAGUAUAAUCCUUCAUGUACAUGAGGGGUAAUCAACGGUCAUGUUUUGUGCUAUCGUUUCUGGGAUAUGCAUCGUAGAAGACUUGCACUUACAUGUCACAUUGUACCCCUAUGCAUGUAUGAAUAAGACAUUUCGGAAAAAAAAGGAAAAAUUAACGAAACACAAAUGUAUAGCCAAGAAAACAAGUGAAUGAAGUAUUGCCAUGCAAUACAAAGUCCCCUACUGGAAAGCACCUAAUUUUAUCUACUGCAGUAUAACAUAAUGAACUGAUAUCUGUCAAUGAUGUAUAAACAAUAUUGUACUAUAUAAAUACAGUAUGUUAUAACAACACACUUGGAUUAAAAUGUGCACAUAUAAAAACCCGCAGUUGUUUUCAUAUU